AUGGAAAAGUUUUUGAUAAAUCUGCUGAAUAUUGUUCUAGUUUAUACCAGAACAGACGAAUGUCUUCAGAUUCAUGUACUCCCUGAUGGCAGUAUACGAGUCUACUCGCGUAACCAAGAGAAUAAUACCUCUAAGUUUCCUGACAUCGUUAAUACCUUGAUACCAGCUGCCCUCAAAAUUGCAUUUCUUUCAACGCAGGCGAAUCGUCGCCUCCUUCGGGUUACUGACGCUUCCUUAUUGACUCAUUCGAGUCAUUGCAAGACCAAGAAGUCUUCUGAAUCGAUCUGUGGCAACGAAUCUUUGGAUAAUGAAGAUAUCUCCGGACGUAUUCCAAUUACCUCAUGCAUAAUCGACUCCGAAGCUGUGGCCUGGGACCGUGCAGCAGGUCGGAUUUUGCCCUUCCAAAUUUUAGCUACUAGGAAGCGUAAAGUAUGUAAUUUAUUUGUGUGGCAGAGAAUUUUGGCUUCUCGUUUAUUUGUUUUAAUUUCAUUGGUCUUAUUUUAA